CUCCCAUUGUCAAUUGAUAACUAGGCUUUUUACCGAAAAGAGGAAUAAGCGUUUUCAAUUUCUUUGAAUUCACAUAAGUAAUUGGAAAAUAAAUUUAGAUAGAGGGCUUAAAAACUGUUUGAAGUGGAGAAAAUCUGUACGCGUUUCGAGAAUGAGGAUCCCAACAAAUCCUGAAACUCACUAUUGAGCUAGAAUCUUCUUCGAUGCUUUAAGACACGUCCUUCCCUGAAACUACCUCUAUCUCUCGUUCCUCUCUUUCUCUCUCUAGAGAGACCCUUCUUUGUUCUCUGUGAUAUUCUUUUCAGGUAAGCUUAAAAGUUGUCUGAAAGCAACUCUUUUUUAUUUAUUUUUUUCCCUUGCAAUUUAUAUUUAUAUAAUUACUUUAGCUCCAAGUUUCUCUCAUUAUUGAAAAUAAUUUAAAAUGAUCUUCAAACCGUGGAAUUUGGUUUUAAUGCUAUUGUUUCGGCCAACGAGUUAUCGACUUAUCAGAAAGGUUCUCGAGGUUUUUUAAUUUUUAUUAUCUGGUCAAUACACAGAGGUAUACAUGGUGUUUCCGAUUUUGUUUUGGAAUUUUCGGAAUCUCCGGUUAGUUCAUUUGUGGAUGGCAAUUACUUUUACCUUUUAUUUUCUCAGUGAUUUAUCGAUUUUUCAAAUAUGCAGGUUUGACCGUAUUUGGAUAUCGCCCUCGAUUACCCGAGAUUGAAAUUUUUCAUAUCCAGAAGGGAUUGAUUUUCCCCUUUCUUUCUUAGGUUUAAUUUCUAUACUCUUGUGGUGGUAGUGCUUUUUCGAGUUGUUUUUCAAUUGGGAUUUCUGGAAACUACUACAGGGUUAUAAUCGGUUUGGACUGGUUGAAUUUGAUGGUUCUUCUUUGUUUGAAUAUUCAUAGGUUUUGGAUAUGUUUUCUCAUUUGGGUCUCUUUAUAGAAACUGAUUUGAGUAAUUUUGGCUUGUACCGGGAUUUUCAUGCUUUAUACGGUUCUACUAAUAAGUGAUUUAUGUAUGUUUCAGUUCUGGGUUUUAGAAUUUGUAAUUUUAGGUCAGUGGUAUUAAGAAAAUUAAAGAAGAGAAGACGCUAUUAUUUGUGAAUUGGGAUGGAUGAAUCUCAGGGCGGCUCGAAUUCACUGCCUCCUUUCCUUGCAAAAACCUAUGAAAUGGUAGAAGACCCUUCAACAGAUACAGUCGUGUCAUGGAGUUCUUCUAAUAAGAGCUUCAUUGUGUGGAAUCCGCUGGAGUUUGCAAGAGAUUUGCUGCCUAGAUUCUUUAAGCACAGUAACUUUUCAAGCUUCAUCAGACAGCUGAACACAUAUGGUUUUAGAAAAGUUGAUCCAGAGCAAUGGGAAUUCUCAAAUGAUGAUUUCUUAAGAGGUCAGCCACAACUUCUUAAAAAUAUCCACAGAAGGAAGCCAGUUCACAGCCAUUCUUUGCAGAAUCUUCAAGGUCAGGGAACUCCACAAUUGGCUGAAUCUGAAAGACAGAGUCUUAAAGAUGAGAUUGAGAGGCUUCAACAUGACUUACAGGAGCUUGCCGUGGAGUCUCAGAGGUAUGAGAAUGAGCGGCGGGCAUUGGAAAUACAAAAGUGCGGUUUAAAAGAACAGUUUCACAAAAGCGAACAGCAACAACAAGGCAUUGUUUCUCUGUUAUCUCAGGUUUUACAGAAACGAGGGUUUGCCGUCAAUUUUUCACAAUUGGAGGCCAAUGUGAGAAAGAGAAGAUUACCGAAAAUUGGCACAAAAGAUAACUCAACGGGGAGUCCUGAAUUGUUACGUAUAGAUAAUGUUGGUAAUUCAGUUUUGAACUUAAUUGUGGACAAGGUAGAGCAGUUGGAGGCAUCCCUGUUAUUCUGGGAAGAUAUUGUUCAUGAUUUUUCGAAUGUUCAUUUGCAAAGUAGUUCAAACAUUGAGUUGGAUGAAUCUACUGGUUGUGCCGAAAGUCCAUCUAUUUCCUGUGUACAGCUUAAUAUUGACAUCAGAUCGAAGUCCCCUGGGAUUGAUGUGAACUCUGAUCCUGCUCCAAUUGUUACUUCAGAGCCUUUUGUCGCAAAAGAACAAUCUGUAAAGGAACCAGAGAAUGCGGCUACCACUACUGCUACUGUGCGGACUGGGGCCAACGAUGUAUUCUGGGAACAGUUCUUGACUGAGAAUCCUGGUUCUUCAGACACUCAGGAAGUUCAGUCAGAAAGGAAGGAUUCUGAUGAGAGAAGGAAUGAGAACAAUCCUGGUGAUCGGGGCAAGUUUUGGUGGAGCAUGAGGAAUGUAAAUAAUCUCACAGAACAGAUGGGACAUCUUACACCAGCAGAGAAAACUUGAGAACGGUUAUGGCAUAUUAAAAUUUUGAUCCCCUACUAGGUCUCCUCUCAUAAAUUUAGGUAUGGAAGUAUUAAUCUUAGAAAAUUAGACAACUGUUUGUUUGAUCUCCAUUUUCCUUAAUCACCUUCAUUCACCCUUUCUCUCUUUUUUCUUUUUCAUUCCCCACAAAAUACCUUAUAUUCGAAUAGAAUAUCUGUCUUAUUUUCAUGGGAACAACUUUUCCCUUGCUGGUUUUCUCUAUGUGAAAGCCUAUUAUUGUUCAUGUGCUAACUAUCUAUUUUCUAGUAUGACUUAAUUGUAGUCAUCUCGUGACAACAUAUACUAAUUUUUUUUUUUUUGAAUUCUAUGUCUUAAUGGGAUUCCUCAUAUCCCUUCUUGCCUACUAUCAUAUUCACCAGUUUCCAAGCUCAACAAGUCAUAUUCCUCCUACUUUUCUAUACCUUUCCCUUAGAGCUUGUCGAUGUUGACUUAUUCCUUCCAUUUCAGUGAUGAAGAAGGUUUAUUCACCAGUGCGAUGCUUUGGUACUUUGAGGGUUCGUUUGGUAUGCAGUGUUAGAUACUAUUUUCUUGCAUAUUAUUAUAUUAAAUUGUGUUUGUCAUAUUUUGUGUAAUACUAUGUUAAAUUUUUGUUUAUUUCAAAAUAAUGUACUUAUAAAUGCUCAUAUAAGUCAAUACUAAACAUACAAUAUAAAAAUAUGAUAUAUAUAUUACAAUUUAAUUUAAUACUAUACAAUGCAAUAUAACAUAAUACAGUGUACCAGAGGGACCUUCAAAUGUCAUAGUUACAGUAUGAGCAACGUUUGUAGUUAUUAUCUUAUGAUCAAGAAGACUUUAGAUUAGCUUUGUUUUCUUCACUUGGAUGUGGUGUUUAUCAUUUAAUUUGAAGAUGUGGACAUGCGAAUAUAUAAUUUCUAUGCAUAGCCAACUUUCUUGAUUAACAGGCACAAAUGGCUGUACAAAAUUUAUAUAAAUAACUGAUUAAAUCUUUCAGGAAUAGUUUAUACUAGUGUUUAAUUUGAACUAACAUUUAGACAGGAUAGAGCAUGUAUAUCUGGCAUGUUAGAUUAUUAUUAUUAAUGAAUUUGUUGAAUUUCUGCAGUCUUUGAAACGUGCUAAUAUAGGUAGCCAAUGCUUUUCUUUUGCUGAUAUAUGGGAUUUGUCACUUUAAUCAGACAAUAAAGCAUAUACCUUUUACCUGUUACACUGACCAAUAUGAAAAUUUGUGUACAGCAUCAGAAGGGAACAUUUGUUUCCUAUCCACAUGGAGCUCUGCGUGAAGAUUUUCUCUGACUUCUAUGAGAACUUAUGCUUGUUGGUACUGAAUGAGUAAGUAAUUUUGUUUAUCCUUUUUCAUGUUCUUCUAUUUCAUUCUUAAUAUUCAAUGUCAAUUAGAAUGUUCAAUAUGUUCAAAAUUUUUGUAAGUGUUUCGGAAAGCUUAUCUUGAAAUUAUACCUAAUGUUAUUGUUGAUAAUAAUCAUGUUGUUGAGAAUAUGCUUUAACUAUCAUUUGCAUUUUCUGAAAAUUGCCCAACUUUUGAUUCUGAUAAGCAAGCAUGCUCACUUAAUUUUUCUCGUCAUAUUAUAGUUGUAUACUAUUUGCCUAAUUUUUCUUAUUAGUAAGUAUUAGACUAGCUUAGCUUCUGAUAAAUGAGAGCUGUAUGACGACGUGGGUAAAUAAUUAGGUGAUGUUAUAGCUUUUCCUACUUUGAUAGGUGCCAAAUGGGAUUAAUAUGAGUAAUUUAUGUGGACAACUAAGUGGUCCCAUUUCAAAUGCUAUGCUAAAAAGCUCAAUUCAUAAUAAUAGUGAAGCGUUUGCAAUCUUUACCAGUUACCUUUUUGGUCUACAUUUAUGGCCAUAAUAUGCCUGCCUGCCAUUGCUGUGGCACAACCAAUUUUGUGUUUUGUAGAGCUGAUACAAAGUCUGACAUGUUAAAUUUCUGACGGACACAAAAUUGAUCAUUUUUUUAACAAUAAAAUCAAGAAGCUAUAAUGCUAGUGUGUAAUGUUAUUUAUAGCCGUGUAAUGCUCUCUUUAGGUAAAAGGUGUGGAGCAACUUUGUCUUGGUGAUGUGUUGAAAGUUGGGAACUCGUUGCAUCUAGUGGAAAAGUUGCGGAUUUACCUUUCAUGCUAUUUUAUGAGUGUAUAUCUGUUAAAAUUAUCGUGAAAUAUUAAAGACAACAGCUUGAAUUUACAUUGAGAAUAGGAUUAAAAAAAAAAAAGAAACAUUUGGGCUUGUUGUCUCCUAGUGGAUUGAAAGCUUUUGUUUUUACAUUCAAAAUUCUUGUCAUCUAUUUCUCAAUAUAUAUAUAUUGAUAUCUUGUAACAUAA